CUUGAACUUUGUAUCACAGACUGUCAGAGAUGUAAAUUUGGUAUGACGUAUCACAGACCUUCUGAAACAUGUAUGGUUGUUGUCAAUUUAACUAAAAUGCACGAAGACGCCGAGAGAUAUUGUGCUGACACCUAUUCAGGGGGACACCUAGUCUACAUAUUGGAUUCUGAAACUAAUAACUUUACAAAUUCUUUGUUACGUGAGAAGGACUUUUAUCACAUAGGACUAAGUGAUAAAAUCAGAAACGGUGAUUACAGAUGGACGAAUGGGCAGGCUGCUAAUUAUAAGAACUUUAAAACUGGCCAUUUAUCAAACCUUAAACACUAUUAUAUUCUAAUGCAUAACAGUGUCUGGUAUGAGAUUUAUGAUACAGAUUCUAAAUUUAUAUGCCAAGCCUCUGCAGAAAGAAAAGAGUUUUUCUUCCUGAAUGACACAAAUUUUGUAAAUAAAACAAAUGAAACUGGUGUCCUGACAAGAAUUACUUGGAAAUGUGGAGUGCACGACGAACACAAUCACAAUUUUCAAUUAUUCUAUCAAAAUGUGAAUGGAACGGAGCUACACCUAUCUCACGUACGUAACAAAAAAAAAAGAAUCCUGCGGUUUUGAUUUUGAAGUACAUCGCAUUAGUCAUAAUAUAAUCCUAACAAUUAAAAACAUUAAC